AUGCCGUCAUUCUUGAAGACCGCCGUCAACCUCCUCCUUCUUGCAGCUAGUGCUGCCUCCCUUCCCGUUGCCAACCCGCUGGACCUCUUUGAACGUCAGGCAUCUCCUGGCGUUGUCAUCCGUCAGUGCAGCAAGCCUGGUGUUCUGGCUCUCGCCUACGAUGACGGCCCAGCGCAGUACACCAGCCAGCUUGUAGAUAUCCUCAACAAAGCCGGCGCCAAAGCCACCUUCUUCUGGACUGGUACGCUCUAUGGCUGUGUCUACAACCAUAAGGACGCCAUCAAGGCUGCCUACAACUCAGGCCAUCAGAUCGCCAGCCACACCUGGACUCACCCCUCGAACUUUGGCAGUCUGAGCACCAAUGACCUCACGCAGCAGAUGCAGCGCUUCGAGCAAGCCAUGGUGAACAUCAUCGGCAAGAAGCCCGCGUACAUGCGUCCUCCAUACCUUGCCACGGGUGGAAACGUGCUGCCCACUAUGAAGUCUCUCGGAUACAAGGUCAUCACUAACGACGUUGACUCUGGCGAUUGGAACGGCCAGACCGCCCAGCAGAGUCAGCAGAAGUUCCAGCAAGCCGGUGCAGGCGGCAAUGGACAUAUUCCUCUGAUGCAUGAGACGUACGCCAGCACGGUUCAGACGCUUACUCCUUGGUUGAUCAACUGGGCGAAGCAAAACAACCUCAAGCUUGUCACUGUUGCGGAAUGUCUCGGCGAUGCCAACGGCGCUUACCAGCCUGGCACCUUUACCGGCAAUGGCCAGUCCACUUGCUAG